GUAAUCAUGGCUGUUGAUAUCCGAAUUUCUACCGCUAGAAAUUAUGCAAAACCAGACCAUUCCGAAAGUAUUGCUAAUCUUGUUACGCCUGGUGAUGUUAUAACGUCAGAUCAAGGGUUUAUGAGAGGACAUGGCACAUUUAUGGAGGAAGGCAAACACCAUGCCUCGGUUGCUGGAAUUGUGCAGCGAGUCAACAAACUCAUCUGUGUCACCCCUAUAAAGACCAGAUACAAUGGUGAGGUAGGUGACAUCAUUGUGGGCCGGAUCCUGGAGGUCGGGAUGAAGCGAUGGAAGGUGGACACUCACUCAAAGCUAGACUCCCUCCUCAUGCUGUCCUCUGUCAAUCUGCCUGGCGGAGAACUGCGGCGGAGAUCUGAGGAGGACGAGAAACUCAUGAGACAUUACCUAAAGGAGGGUGACCUCAUCAGUGCUGAGGUACAGUCUGUGUUCUCCGAUGGCUCCUUGUCCCUCCACACGCGAUCUCUCAAGUAUGGAAAGCUGGGCCAGGGAUGCCUGUACCAGGUGUCGCCAUCUCUGAUCAAGCGACGUAAGACCCAUUUCCACAACCUGCCAUGUGGGGCCACAGUAAUCCUGGGUAACAACGGAUAUGUUUGGCUCUCCCCUACAGAGGGCGAGGUCAGCGAACAGACCGGUGGAUAUGAACAACAUAUGGAGCCUGUUUCCCGUGCGGACCGUGAAGUAAUAGCUCGGCUCGGAAACUGUGUGCUAGCUCUUGCUGAACACAAGAUGAUGUUGUUUGACACAAGCAUUCUCUACACUUACGAGGCUUCACUCAAGUAUCCAGUGAAGGACAUCAUGAAGCCAGAGCUGAUGACAGACAUCAUAGAUCUGGCUCGACAGAGGCUUGAGAGGGAGGGAGCUACCUGAGAACGUCUACAUGCUGGUUCACUGGUCCUGUGUACAUUUCGAGGCUAUGAGAGAAACAUUUGGCAAUAAUGACCAUAUGGUCUUUAGCAAGGGCCUCAGCCAUAGAUGGACUCGUUGUGUGCUCUGAAAUCAAGUGUAUGCUUGAUAUUAUACAAAAUAAUUAUAAACAUGCUAUCAGCUGCAGAAUCAUAGUUAUUUCAGCUGUUUAUUGCGUAUUUGAAAUAUGAAAUGCAUUUGACAUGUGCUUAAAAGUAAAAUCGGUUGAAUUCUUAUGAACAAGAUUGGUUCUUAUACAUGUAUAAUCAGGUUUAAAUUUUUACCUAGAUAUAAAUUUUAUGUUACAAAAGGUGGGCCUGUAUUCAUCGCACUGUUCCUUUUGUUCUGUUACAACCUUGUCUAAGCAAUAACUUGAUUAUUCAUGGGAUAACAUGGGCAGGUGUGUUGCACAUAAAUUUUGUGCUGUUAUCUCAAAGGCCAAGGUCAGACUUGGAGGUUAAGGUCUCGGUCCCAUAAUAUUUUAACUAAUUACACGUAUCAAAAUUCAAUUUCCUCACAGUAAAAGAGCACCAUGGGAAGAUGUGUCUCGCAUGAUACUUAUGCUCUUAUCUCCUAGGCCUACGUCACACCUGGAAGAUAAUGUUAUACAAUAUUUCAUACUACCGGUAAUUAUUUGUGUCUCAGCUGUAACCAUCUAUUCAAUUUCUUUCAUAUUGUUCAAAUGGCUAUCACUCUAACCUGACCAAAUCUAGGGCGUUGUCUUGUAUCUGUGACAGCUCUUGUUAUAAUAAGUUUUAUUUCUUCUUUUAAGGUUACAGGUAGUUUUGCUUUCCAUACACGUUUGUAUUAUUUCAUGGUAAAUACUGUAUGUGUAAAAAGGAUGUCAAAUUUGCAAUAUACAUGUAUCAAGAUGCAUCAUGAUAAAUCUACUA